AUGUCCCGUUCCAAAGUAUUUUUCGACAUUUCCUCUGCCGGAGUACCCCAGGGUAGAGUCGUAUUUGAGCUCUACGAUGACGUUGUUCCCAAAACUGCCGAAAACUUCAGAGCUCUUUGUACUGGAGAGAAGGGCAAAACUGAGUCUGGUAUUCCUCUUCACUACAAAGGAUCCACUUUCCACCGUGUGAUCAAAGACUUCAUGUGCCAGGGUGGUGACUUUACCCACGGCUCUGGAAUCGGUGGUGAAAGCAUUUACGGAGCCAAGUUUGAAGAUGAAAACUUCAAAUUGGUCCACAACAAGCCAUUUUUAUUGUCAAUGGCCAACGCUGGUCCCAACACGAACGGGUCCCAAUUCUUCAUCACCACUGUGGCAACACCCCAUUUAGACGGCAAGCAUGUGGUAUUUGGUGAAGUUAUUGAAGGCAAAUCCGUGGUGAGAAAGCUUGAAAAGUGUGAAAAGGGCCAGAAUGAUAAGCCCGUGGACGACUGGAUCAUCGCUGACAGUGGAGAAUUACCCGCUGACUAUGAACCAACUCCUGUCGACGAUGGAACUGGAGAUAUAUACGAAGAAGCCUUGCAGGACAACCGUAGCAUCGAUGUUACAAAGCCUGAAACCGUCUUCAAGGCCGUUCAGGCCAUAAAAGAUAUUGGAACCACCCAAUUAAAGGCAGGAAACUUGGACGUUUCUUUUGCCAAGUACACCAAGGCCGCCGGGCUUCUUGAAGAAUACUUCCCUGAAGAUCUUUCUGAACAGGAGUUGGAGACUGUUCACGAACUCAAGCAAUCGUUAUACUUGAAUGCGGCUUUGGUAGCGUUGAAGUUGAAAUCAGGUAGAAAGACCGUAGAUUAUGCCACCAGAGCUAUUGACGAAAUUACCGAAGAAAAGAAGGAAGUGGAUAAGAAAAAGUCUUUGGCUAAAGCUCUUUAUAGAAAAGGUAUGGGGGAAUUAUUGUUGAAGGACGAAGAAGCUGCUAAAAUCAGUUUGGAACAAGCUCUUAAAUAUGCACCUGAAGAUGGGGCCAUUAUUAAGGGGUUGAGUGACGUUCGGGCCACCACCAAGGCCCGUCGUGAUAAAGAAAAGAAGGCCAUGUCGAAGUUCUUCUCGUAA